AUGUACAAAGACAUUAUUUUGGUGUUAUGCGAUGGUUGGGGUGAUUCACAGUUCAAGCAUUGGGUUCAGAAGCACUUCAUACUUGUUAAAAAUAGUGAUGUAAAUGUUGUAUAUAGUAGUGGCAAAGCUAGUCGUCCAGUUGUGACGUAUGAAAAGUUGUAUACAAAAUUAUAUGAAUGUCAUAAUCGUGUAGGCCAUCACGGAAGAGAUAAGACAUGGAAAGAAGUUAAAGCGAACUAUUCCUGGAUUCCUUAUGAUGUUGUUAUGAUUUUCAUUAAAUUAUGUGAUUCCUGUAGCAAUCGACAAAACUUUGCAAAAUCGUCUGCGACUAAACAGAUCAUUUCAACAGAUUAUUUAACACGUAUUCAGAUAAGCCUCAUCGAUAUGAGUGGUCAUCCAGAUGGAAAAUUUAAAUGGAUUUUACAUACUAAAGAUCCUAUUUCAGAGUUCUUAUGGGCUUAUCCACUGGAAUCUAAAGAAGUAGAACCCGUGGCGGAAAAACUAUUGAAUCAGUUUUAUACCUUUGGUCCUUCUUGCAUACUCCAAAGUGACAACGGAAAGGAGUUUGUUACUCAAAUAAUAAACGAAAUGAAAAAGACUUGGGUAGAUUUAGUAAUAUUAAACGGUAAAAUACCUCCUGUUGAAGCGCAAGUCCUGAUUGAUCAUGAUAAUCGUACUUUGGUAAUAGCUUUAGAGAAAUGGAUGCAACAUAAUCAUACAGAUAACUGGUCAAAAGGUUUAGGCCCAGUUGUUUAUGCAAUCAAUACCAGUGUUGUUAAAAUCACAAACAAAACCCCUUAUGAAGUUAUUUUUGGGGAAGGACUCAGAUCAGAUUUUGAGAUAUGGAAAGCUAUUAGUCAAUCUGGUGUAGAAGAUGAAGAAAACCUUCCGGAUAAUUUUAUUCGUAAAAUCAACGGAUGUGAUGAUUCAAAUGAUCUUCAAAACAGUAACACUCAGUUAAAUAUUCUCGAUGCAAAUAAUCAAAGACUUCGUCUGGCACCACAACCUCAAACACCAACAUUAAGUUCUGUUUCAAAUAACGUCAGCAUUGCUCAUAAUACUCUUACUAAAACUCAUCAAACAAUAAAUAUAAACUCUUCGAGUAAUUAUCUAGGCUUAAAUGAUAAUGCUACUACUCAAGAUUUUUCCAUUGUGAACAAUGAUACCAGUGUUCAUGAUCAUAGAUAUGGAACAAUUCGUGAACAAACAGAAGAGGUUUAUUUUAAAUCAGCGACUAAACGUCAAAAACUACAUGAAAAUGCCAUGACUCAACGAGCACAAUGA